GUCAGUGGUCACAUGACCCGGAAAAUGUGGGGCUUAAUUCCUGUGUUGGACUGCUCCCAGCUGCUGCGCUUCUGCCCUUCGCAGUGCAAGCCCUUCGUCUUCCCCAUCACGACCCCCGACCCUUGGGUGGACCCUCCUAAGCACACCAUGUCGGACCAAGCUUUUGUGACACUGGCCACAAAUGACAGCUAUGCAAAGGGAGCGAUGGUCCUCGGCCAGUCGUUACGAAGCCACAACACAACCAGGAAGCUGGUCGCUCUCCUGGGGCCACAUGUUGCAGAACCUUGCAGAGAUGUGCUGCGCUCCAUUUUUGAUGAGGUGCAUGUGGUGGACGUGAUGGAUUCAGGCGAUUCAGCUCAUCUGGCCUUGAUGAAGCGUCCGGACCUGGGGGUGACGUUCACCAAACUGCACUGCUGGACGCUCACGCAGUACAGCAAGUGUGUGUUCAUGGACGCUGACACACUGGUGCUGUCCAACAUAGAUGAACUCUUUGAGAGAGAGGAGUUAUCUGCUGCUCCAGAUCCUGGUUGGCCAGAUUGUUUCAACUCUGGGGUAUUUGUCUUCAGACCAUCCAAUGAGACCCACGAGAAGCUCAUCACAUUCUGUGGUGAAAAUGGCAGCUUUGAUGGUGGGGAUCAGGGAGUUCUCAACAGUUACUUUAAUACCUGGGCGACGGCAGAUAUUUCCAAACACCUCCCCUUUAUCUACAACCUCAGCAGCAUUGCCAUCUACUCCUACCUACCGGCUUUCAAACAGUACGGCCAAGGUGCGAAGGUGGUGCACUUCCUGGGCAAAGUGAAACCGUGGAACUACUCCUACGAUGCUCAGAGUGGCGAGGUCAAAGGUCAGUCCUCACUUGACCCCUGCGUGCUGCACCCUGACUAUCUGCUGAUGUGGUGGCAGGUGUACACCAAAUCUGUGCUGCCUUUACUGCAGAAGGCCUACGGAGACACUCCCUUCCUCAGCGGCUUUAUAGAGCAGAGCGAUGAGGGUAAGCUUCACGAGGAUGUAAGAGAGGAGUCGGUGUCCUCUCCUCCUUCUGUGCCUCAGAAGAUUUCAUCGUCUGAGCGGAAGCAGCGUUGGGAAGCGGGCCAGAUCGACUACAUGGGUGACGACUCGUUUGCCAACAUCGAGGAAAAACUGAACUCUUUCCUAAAGUAGUGGGCGACCGAGGGAGCGUGACGGACACUAGUUGAAGCUCUGUGAGGUUGGGUGGGGGUGGAAGGUGGGAGUGUAAACCACCACUCAGUGAAUCACAGGGGCUUGAUUGGCAGGUGACUGGAUGAAUGCUUCUGAGCAAAUUUCGGUCUCCACCUCUGCAUCCUGUUAGUGUGCAGAGGGUUAAGUGUGACUAAAACAAAAUUCCCAUGCACUCCACCUUCCACUUUUUUUUCCUCUAAAGGAAAAAUUGGACGUUUUAGGAUAAAUUACUUUCUUGCUGAGAGUUAGGGGAGAAGAUUCACAUGGUUUUAUAGUAAGUGUGAAGCUAUAGCAGCAGCUGACCAACUAACUCCCUUAGCACAGAGACUGCAAAUAGUCGUUAUUAUCCCGUUAUUAAGUGCUGUGUAUAUUCUGAGAUGUAAUUUAGUUGCAUUGCUAACGGUACAAAAAAUAUGUAGAGAGAGAUAUUUUAAAGAAUCCUAGAGAUCUGUAUUGUCUAUCUGGAGUAUUACAGUAUAGUAGUAUAAUGGAGUAUUUGUUAUGUUGA